GUAAUUACGCAAUGUAACACGAUAUUCAGCUGGACGUGCAGUGCAGUGACUCCAAUCUAGGAAUUUCCUCGCUGAUAAACGUUAUAUACAUUUAUAAAUUCGGCAGAUUUUACUUGAUUUUUGCAUUCUUAACUGUUAAGAUGGAUAGGGAUGUGGAAUCAGUGAGGAAAAUAGGGGAUAUUCUGAAUGAUCAAAACAAACAACUCGCCGAAAGAUUCCGUGCUCUUUUCACGUUGCGUAACUUGGGAGGAGAGAAUGCGAUUUCUUGCAUUGGAAAGUCUUUUUCUGAUCCGUCUGCAUUGCUGAAACACGAAAGUGCCUACUGUCUCGGACAAAUGCAAGAUGAAAGAGCGAUUCCUUUGCUGAUAAGUGUACUAGAAGAUGAUACGCAGGAGACAAUUGUCAGGCAUGAAGCCGGAGAGGCUCUUGGUGCAAUAGGACUACCCAGUUCUAUUGAGGUUCUGAAGAAGUACGAACAUCAUCCUGUCCAAGAGAUAUCCGAAACCUGUCAGCUUGCACUCCAGCGCCUCGAGUGGCUGGCAAGUCAGCAGAAGGUAGAGGAAGCAUCGCGUCUAAGACCGAACCCGUUCAGCUCCGUAGACCCUGCUCCCCCUGCUGUAGAGACCAGUGUGGCUGAACUGAGACAGAUCCUCCUGGACCAAGGGCAACCUCUGUUUGGAAGAUACAGGGCCAUGUUUGCCUUGAGGAACCUCAACACAGAGGAGUCUGUUCUUGCCAUAGCCGAAGGACUGAAGUGCACGGACAGCGCCCUCUUCCGUCACGAGAUAGCCUACGUCCUAGGACAGAUGCAGCACGAGGCCAGCAUCCCUCAGCUCCAGGAGCAACUAGCCAAGGUAUCGGAAGACCCCAUGGUCAGGCACGAGUGUGCCGAAGCCCUCGGCUCCAUCGCUGCCGAGAAGUGCUUGGAGACACUCCAAGGCUACGUGAAGGACGAGGCAAGGGUAGUGAGAGAGAGCUGUAUCAUUGCCCUGGACAUGUGCGAGUAUGAGAACAGUAACGAUUUCCAGUAUGCCAACGCUCUAGGAAAGAUGCAAGGUGAUGCUAAGGAAGGACUUGUGAAGUCAUGAUGAUUAAAAGUCAUGAACAUGAACAUUAACAGCUUCUUGUUUAUUCCAUUUUUAGUGCUCAACUUCCAUACAUCAUGCAGUAGAAUCUUGUUAUAAAAGUUUAUACUACAGCAAUGUUUCACCGUAUAUGUUAUUUUAUUCACAGUGCAGAAGAGGUUUUGUAAAACAGUCGAACUCUGUUCCACUUUUAAAUGAGAUGAAUAGUAAAAAAAUCUUUUAUCAUGUAAACAAAUUUCAGAAAUUAUUUGUUCAUUUAAUUAUAUUUGCCAGUUAUGUCUGACAAAGUUUCCAUAUGGAAAAUAUGGGAAUACUGCUACUUUUAACCCAAGUCUUGAAAAUAUCAAUUUUAGUUGUAGGAGAAUUUUGUUUCAAACACACCGUUCGUUCGUUCGUUCGUUCGUUCGUGCAAAGAAUAUCAAGGAGUACAUCAUCUAGAUAGGAAGAUCCUUAUUAAGCCAACUGAUUGUCUCAUCAUCGAGAUCACGAAGUCCGGAAGCACCGUGAGGGGAUUUGUAGAUAGGUCAAUCAUCAAUAACAUGAUCCAUAGUUUGGAUCUCUCCACAGGCGCAGUUUGGUGAUGAUUCAGCUCCAAUUUUAUGUAGGAAAUAUUGUGUACGGCCAACUCCUGUUCUGAUGAUUAUACAUCUCACAUUGUGUGGUCAUGUUUCAUGAAUUUAGUAAAAGAAAUGUCUUUUUUGGGUUUAUAAUGAAAUCUUAGGAGAGAUUGAGGAUCAGGGAAACAUUAGAGUAUAAGUGCAUGUAUAGCUGAUUGUAAUAUCAAGAAAGAGGAGCAGUGAUUCAGACAUUCAUUGAAGUUGCCAAACUGAAACUUCUGUAUUUUCCUUGUAAUGAUGCAAAUUAGUAAUGAAUAAGAUAUAUAAUCUUCUGCAGAUGUCUUAAGAAUACUGAAGGAUAAUAGUAUUCUUGGACUAACCCAAAGCAAUGGUGAAUGGUUUAGGGAAACAAAUUCUUGCCCCUCUUAUUUUAUUUACUAAUGUUAAAUGAUUACUGACGUGAUGCCUUCAAAUGAACUUGGAUUUUACUUACCGGUACAUCAUGAAAAGUUAUGGCUGAAGAUGGGGGUUUUAGUUGAAAAUUUCACAUACUUUUAGAUUGAAUUGUCAGUAUAUGAAGUACAUGUAGAAUGCAUUUGAUAUUUAUUAAUUUCACAUCUAUUUGGAAAUAAAUCAUACUAUAAUAGUCAGUGAAUCUUCUAAAUGAAAUCUUCUGAAAUCCAAAUAUAAGAAUUGCAGUAGAUGGUGUGGUGGAAUAAAUUUCUCACUCCAAAUAUACCUAAGUAAGAUAAAACAUUGAAUUAAAGUUAUGAUUUUAAGCCUACUUUGCUUUUACUAUUGCAAAUCAACCAUUGGUUUAAAACUGCCAAAUCAAGUAAUGUCUCCUUUUUUAAUUAUAAAAUGUUAAUAAUUAUGAUUUUGUUUAUCCAGGGAAGCCUCAUCAGCACCAGUGCUGUUCUUCCUGAGGGCCCUACAAUUAUUAUUAUCGGUACCCCCAGCAUUGUCCAGUUAUGCAUGUUUACCUGGGUGAAGAGAGGCAAAAGAGGAUAAAUGCAUUGCCAAAGGAUGUUAGUGUCGGCCUGGGAUUCUCACCCUAAACCCUGGGAUUGAGUGUCAAGUGAAUGGACCACUGAACCAUGAUACCAUGCCAUCAUGAUGUGUAUAAUAAAUGAUUAUUCCUACUCAAACUCAAA